CGCCGGACGCCCCCUCCCUCCCCGGGCCGCCGGACGCCGCCUCCCUCCCCCACGCCGUCGGACGCCGCCUCUCUUCCCCGCCUCGUCGGACGCCGGCGCCACCACGACCACCCUCCCCGACGCGCCGUAGCCACGACCACCCUCCCCGGCGCGCCGCCGCCACACCCCCCUCCCCCAGCGUGCCGCCUCCACAACCUCCCUCCCCAGCGCGCGCCGUCCGGCCCUCUUCCCCACUGCGUGCAGGCAGUUCAACGUGCGACCACAGGCCGUUCAAUGUCUCCGUCGUGGACACGCCCCUCUACCUACUUCUGGUUGCCUCUCAUCCCGGUGUGGCCAAGGCGUUGGGUUCGCCGCAGCUGCGACCAGCAGUCCAACCCGGCCGCCCCAGUCCGUUCACUCGUCGCAGCUCCCAGGUCCCUGCCCACCCCCCUUCUUUGUUCUUCACUGCAUAAGCUUUUGCUGAGUGCAUGCCAUGUGUUUGCUAAAAUGUCUCAGUGCACUCGCCUACUAGUUUUGAUAUGUUCAUGUUCGUUUGUAGCUAAUGUCAAAUCUGGUUUUGCUGGGGACAAAGAAGUGAGCAAAAGGAGAAAUUGAUCAAUUGCAAAUUGUGCAGCGGUGGUUUUCCUAUGCACAUGUUGACACAACGUAUCAUCAAAAUGGGUGGCGGAGAACCAGUAAGUGCUACUACUGGUGUACGCCAAGUUCAAGGAUUUUCCCAUGCUCGAGCAUCCACUGGCUCCGACCUUCACCCGUUUCCGCACGCCUGGGAUCCACAACCUCCGACCUCACACGUGGACCCCGGCUGGCUUCUCUGUCCCGAGUGUCGCUGCCGGCCUCCCUGCAGCAUGGCUUCGGUUCCCUCCUACGGAUGCGUCUGCGCCAACCAUCUGAUGCAUCAAAAAGCCCGAUUCACAAAUUCAUCUUCUAUAUGCUUUUCAGUUCAUCGACUUCCCAUUGCAGUUUGGCAUCAAAAUUCACAUCAGUUUAGGGGUGCCCGCAUCACGGUCUCACUGUGCUACCGCAAUCUCUCCUUGAUACGCCACCGGACGAGCCCCUCCUCACACUUUGGCAAGUUGUCACUUCUUGCUCCUGUGCCUGGAUCCCAUGUGAGCGCUGAUGGUAGUCCUCUGUGAGGUUUGAAGAUUAUCGUGGAGCAAGUUCAAGAGAUCAGUUUCGUGAAAAUAAAUGUGAUCUUUUGGUCAGGAUUUUGCAUGAUCCAUAGCCAUCGGUGGCAACAGGGAGUAGUUCGAGGCCUCCUGCGUGAGUCGUCCAUCGUCUUCUAUGCGUGAGCUUGUUGUCUCUACACAUCUAGCAUUAGAGUAUCUCCUCCCCUUGCCGCACACACAUGCCGGGCGGUCGAGCUAGUGUUGUUUGUGAUAUUGGUCGUGACUCUUGCGUUCUCAUUGGACAAAGAAUUUGUUCUGUAACUAUGUAUUUGCAGGACCUUUAGCAAAUAUUGUUGUGUUCUGAGUAUUCUGAUGUUGGCCAAAAUGGUGAGCAUUUAAACAUCAGCCCGAAUUAAUAAAACCGAUAAGUUCUACUUUAAAUAAA